UUGUGUGUCUCUGCAGGGGUUCACACAUGGCAGAAUAUGUAUGGCUGUGAGCUGCAUGAUGAUGGAACCAUUAAAGGUUAUGAUCAGUACGGCUAUGAUGGAGAAGACUUCGUCAGUCUUGAUCUGAAGACUGAAACCUGGACUGCAGCCAACGCUAAAGCUGUUAUUACCAAACACAAGUGGGAGGGGACAGCAUGGUCUGUUCAAGAUAAGGCCUACCUAGAGAACACCUGUAUCGAGUGGUUACAGAAGUAUGUGGAAUAUGGAAGAUCUACUCUGGAGAGGAAAGUCUCUCCUGAGGCGUCUCUGUUCCAGAAGGACUCUUCUUCUCCAGUGGUGUGUCAUGCUACAGGUUUCUUCCCCAAAGCAGUGAUGAUCUCCUGGCAGAAGGAUGGAGAGGAUCUGCAUGAGGACGUGGAGCUCAGAGAGACGCUACCCAACCAGGAUGGAACCUUCCAGAAGAGGAGCGUUCUGACCGUCUCACCUGAGGAGCUGAACAGACACGACUACGCCUGCAUCGUUCAGCACAUCAGCUUGGAGAAGGAGAUGAUGUUACCAGUGACUGAGCACAGGUUCCUGACACCAGGAGGGGGAGAAUCGGUUGGUCUCAUCAUUGGUGCAGUUGUGGCUGUUUUACUGCUGGUCGUCAUUGUCUUGGUAGAGACACUGAAAAAAUGUUAAAUGUUAUAAAUGUUA